CGUUCACACACAUCACUAGCAAGGGCGAUAUUGCGCGCUCCCGUCACUGUCUGGCCAUUGAAAACAAAGCUAUCUGCGCGAUUUCCACUACAGCCGAGGGAAUACGAUUCAGGAAUAUUUACAUAUAGACGGAGAAACAAAGAUGAACAUGGAUUUACAGGGAAACUAGGAACCGAAUAGACCGGGGCCUGCUUGGAGGGCAGACAGACGGCAGGACACUCCCGAAACUGAGGAAAAUUUGAGCUUUUUCCGGAGUGCUUUGUUAUUAGCUAGCUAGCUAGCUCGCUAGCUUACUUGCUAGCCAUCAUUGUCAUUUCUGUUGCUAGCUAGCCAGCUAUCUUGCUGAAAGCGAGAGAAACACCGCCAUGUUGUUAUCAAAGAGCGGAUGUUAAAAAUCCGAUUCUUGAAUUAAAAACGGGAUUUCCCUGCACCCUGUCCACUGGUUUGAAACAGGGACCCAGAAUCAGUGCUGCAGCCACGGAAGCCUCUGUUGUCGGCGACAUGGCGGAGCAGAGCUACUCUUCUUGGGCAUAUUCCCUCGUGGACUCCAGCCAGGUCUCCACCUUCCUCAUCUCCAUCCUCCUCAUCGUCUAUGGCAGCUUCAGAUCGUUAAACAUGGACUGUGAGAACCAGGAAAAAGACAAGGAUGGGAACCCAUCAACACCUGGUACCUUCAACAACAACACCAACAACAGUAUUCAGACCAUCGACUCCACACAGGCCCUCUUCUUGCCGAUUGGAGCCUCUGUGUCUCUCCUUGUCAUGUUCUUCUUCUUCGACUCUGUCCAGGUGGUCUUCACCAUCUGCACCGCAGUUCUCGCGACGAUAGCGUUUGCAUUCCUCCUGUUGCCAAUGUGCCAGUACCUGACCAGGCCCUGCGCCCCACAGAACAAGAUCUCCUUUGGGUGCUGCGGGCGCUUCACCCUGGCCGAGCUCCUCUCCUUCUCCCUCUCUGUUAUGUUGGUGCUCAUCUGGGUGCUGACAGGACACUGGCUGCUGAUGGACGCUCUGGCCAUGGGCCUGUGUGUGGCUAUGAUCGCCUUCGUCCGGCUGCCCAGCCUGAAGGUGUCCUGCCUCCUGCUGUCGGGCCUGCUCAUCUACGACGUGUUCUGGGUCUUCUUCUCCGCCUACAUCUUCAACAGCAACGUGAUGGUGAAGGUGGCCACACAGCCGGCCGACAACCCCCUGGACGUGCUGUCCCGCAAGCUGCACCUGGGGCCCGGCAUGGGGCGCGACGUGCCCCGCCUCUCCCUCCCCGGAAAGCUGGUGUUCCCCAGCUCGACGGGCAGUCACUUCUCCAUGCUGGGGAUCGGAGACAUCGUGAUGCCAGGGCUGCUGCUCUGCUUCGUGCUGCGCUACGACAACUACAAGAAGCAGGCCACCGGCGAGUCGGUGGGGCCCGGGAACAUGUCCGGCCGCAUGCAGCGCGUCUCCUACUUCCACUGCACUCUCAUCGGAUACUUCGUGGGCCUACUGACCGCCACCGUGGCCUCCAGGAUUCACCGCGCCGCCCAACCCGCCCUGCUGUACCUCGUACCCUUCACCCUGCUGCCUCUGCUCACCAUGGCCUACCUGAAGGGGGACCUGCGGCGUAUGUGGUCGGAGCCCUUCCACGCCAAGGCCAGCAGCUCGCGCUUCCUGGAGGUAUGAUGGAGCGUGGGCGGCGGACUGCCCCUCGCCGGGGGAACAGAGGGAUCCCCGCAUUGCUGAGAGAGAGAAACCGCAAGAGAG